GGAGAAAAAGAAACGGCACAGCUACGGAGCACGCGCCGCCGCACCUCGCUCUCUAUGUGGCAGUGAACUAGGACUACAGGCGGACCUCGAGACCUCUGGACUGUAACCUACCUGAACAGUCCAACGGUGAGGAACGUGUCCCUUCGGAAGUCCUGUUCACUCGGGAACGUCCUCUCCUCGGAGAGAGAGAGAGAGAGAGAGAGGGGUGGACCCGCAGACGAGCGAGGCGACUGGCUGAGCUGCACUGGAGCUGGGGCACACACACAUUCACGCAGGCACGCGUGCAUGCACACACGCUAAACGACCCACGGGCACGUGCACGGAGGAGCUGCCAUGGCCCCAGAAUUCAGUGCGUCACUCUGGUGAACGUGGGGGACAUCCCAGGAAGUAGACAUGUUGGGACGGACAGCUGAGCACCACUGCACUGAAACUAGCUGUAGUAACCAUGGAGACGGUGUGGAGGAGCUUGGCCUGUGUUGGGGUCAUCGCCAUGGUGACUGCUGCACUGGGAGAGAGGGCCUCAGGUCCAGAGGACCAAGCUGCCUUCCUCACCAGUCUGGGUCGCUAUGAGAUCGCCGUUCCAGUCCGCGUGGGUCCUUGGGGAGAGGCGUGGCCCGGCCGGCACCGGCGCAGUGCGGAGACGAGGAGAGGCGAGGCGCCUGACCCACAGCGGUUCUACCAGUUGUCCACGGCCAGAACCAGCCUGCUCCUGAACCUCACACUCCAGAGUGGGCUGCUGUCACGACACUUCCGCGUAGAGUACUGGAGGAGGGGUCAGCUGGCGUGGAGCCAUCCUUACUCACCCGGCUGCCACUACGUGGGCCACCUGCAGCACCUGUACCAGUCCAGUGCCGUGGCCCUGAGCACCUGCAAUGGCCUGCAGGGGGCGAUAGUUGCAGGCGGGGAGGAGUACCUCAUCGAGCCCUUGGUUUCUGCUGAGAACAAUACACGUGUUGGCAGGAGCGAAGGGCACCCCCAUGUGGUGUACAAAAGAUCCUCUCUACGACAUCUGUACAUGGACCAGACCUGUGGAGUGAUUGAUGAGAAACCCAGCAAAAGUGCAGGGUGGUGGCAGCAGACCAUAAAGCCCCCCGGGCAGGCGGGGCGAGGCCAGCUGCCCCUGAAGCGCUCAGCUGGGCGCGAGCGCUACGUGGAGACAUUGGUGGUGGCGGAUAAGAUGAUGGUAGGAUAUCACGGCCGGAGAGAUAUCGAGCAGUACAUCCUCGCUGUCAUGAAUGUUGUUGCCAAACUGUUCCAGGAUUCAAGCCUCGGAAAUGCAGUGAAUAUUGUGGUGACGAGACUGAUACUGUUAAUGGAAGACCAGCCGAACCUGGAAAUAAACCACCACGCGGGAAAGUCUUUGGACAGCUUCUGCAAGUGGCAAAAAUCCAUCCAGCACCGAAACGGCCACGGCAACGCUAUCCCCGACAACGGCAUCGCUCACCAUGACACAGCAGUUCUCAUCACCAGAUACGACAUUUGCAUCUACAAGAACAAGCCAUGUGGAACACUCGGUCUAGCCCCUGUCGGUGGGAUGUGUGAACCAGAGAGAAGCUGCAGUAUAAAUGAAGAUAUUGGUCUGGCCACAGCGUUUACCAUUGCCCAUGAGAUUGGACACACGUUCGGGAUGAAUCACGACGGUGUGGGAAAUGCGUGUGGUGUCCGCAGUCAAGAGACGGCGAAGCUCAUGGCAGCGCACAUCACCAUGAAGACCAACCCCUUUAUCUGGUCUGCCUGCAGCCGGGAUUACAUCACAAACUUCCUGAACUCUGGGAUGGGCUCUUGCGUGACCAAUGUCCCCCCAAAACAGGAGUUUGUGUACCCUACGUCGGCGCCCGGGCAGGUGUACGACGCUGAUGAACAGUGCCGCUUCCAGUACGGCGUGAAAUCCCGGCAGUGUAAAUACGGGGAGGUGUGCAGUGAGCUGUGGUGCAUGAGUAAGAGUAACCGCUGUAUAACCAGCAGCAUCCCAGCAGCUGACGGCACCAUCUGUCAGACCAGCACCAUAGAGAAAGGGUGGUGCUAUAAGCGUGUGUGUGUGCCCUAUGGCACGCGGCCCGAGGGUGUGGAUGGCCAGUGGGGGCCCUGGACACCGUGGGAAGAGUGCAGUCGCACCUGUGGGGGUGGAGUCUCCUCUUCUGUUCGCCACUGUGACAGCCCCAGGCCUACCAUCGGAGGACGCUUUUGUCUGGGGGAGAGGAAACGGUUCAAAUCCUGCAACAUUGAAGAGUGUCCACCUGGGUCUCAGGAUUUCCGGGAGAUUCAGUGUGCAGAUUUUGACAGCGUUCCUUUCCGGGGCAAAUUCUACACCUGGAAGCCAUACAGAGGCGGUGGGGUAAAAUCCUGCUCUCUAAACUGCUUAGCGGAGGGCUAUAAUUUCUACACUGAGCGUGCUCCAGCUGUGGUGGAUGGGACACCAUGUAGGGAUGACUCUCUGGACGUGUGUGUUAAUGGAGAGUGUAAGCACGUGGGCUGUGAUAAAAUCCUUGGCUCGGAUGUCCGAGAAGACCGCUGCCGUCUGUGCGGAGGGGAUGGGAGCAGUUGUGAGGUCAUCGAGGGCGUCUUCAAUAACUCGCUGCCUGAAGGAGGUUAUGAAGAGGUCAUUUGGAUUCCAAAAGGUUCUGUGUUCAUACAUAUCCAGGAACUGAACGUCUCUCUGAAUUAUCUGGUGUUGAAGGGACGAAGUGACCAGUACUUCAUCAAUGGCAAGCUAAGCAUUGACACGCCACGCCGUUUCGAUGUCGCGGGGACAACCUUCCACUACCGGCGCCCUGCCGACGAACCAGAGACGCUCGAGGCGCUGGGCCCCACCAACAUGUCCCUUGUUGUCAUGGUGCUUGUGAGGGAAGAUAACCCAGGUGUCCAUUACCGCUUCCACCCCCCACUGAACAGAGACACACUGAGCGGAUACACAUGGCACUACACAGGCUGGAGCCGCUGCUCCGUCACGUGUGCAGGAGGGGUUCAGGUCCAGCACGUCGUGUGUAAGAAACAAGCUGACCACUCUGUGGUCUACAACCACUUCUGUGACAAGAGCAGCAAACCCAAGGAGAAGAAGCACCCCUGCAAUACUGAACCCUGUCCUCCCACCUGGUGGGUCAGUGAGUGGUCCGAGUGCAGCAGGAGCUGUAGUGGGGGGGUCCGUACACGGGAGGUUCUGUGUAAGCGCAAGUUCUCCUCCACGGAGGGGAGAGUUCAGGAUGACUCCACGUGUGUGGCGUCCGUGCGCCCGCCCGUCACUGAGGCCUGCAACGGUCACAGCUGCCCUCCAGAGUGGCACGCUCUGGACUGGUCCGAGUGCACCCCCAGCUGUGGUCCUGGCUACAGGCAGAGGGUGGUCCUGUGUCGCAGCGGGGAGGGUGCGGACACUCUGGGCGAAUCCGAGUGUCCGAAGCAGGGACGUCCCACCACCAGGAUGCGCUGUAACCUUCAGCGGUGCCCCCCACCGCAGUGGGUCUCUGGGCCCUGGGGUGAGUGCUCAUCUAAGUGUGGUGUGGGCCAGCAGAUGCGUUUGGUACAGUGUGUGACACACGCAGGCCAUCCGUCCAAUGAGUGCCCAGAAAUGCCUCGGCCCGCCUCAGUGCAACAGUGCAGGAGCAAGUGUGACCUCAGUGGCCCCACGGAUAACCCCGAGGAGUGCAAAGAUGUGAACACAGUGGCAUACUGCCCCCUGGUGCUCAGGUUCCAGUUCUGCAGCCGCCCGUAUUUCCGACAGAUGUGCUGCAAGACCUGCCAAGGACACUGACCUCUACACCGGCCCCUCCCCCGGCCCCUCUCUCCGCCCCUCUCUCCGCCCCCUGCUAGCUCUCUCCGUGUUUGUCCUUCUCUCACUCUUUAGAGGAUGGUGGACUGGGCUGCUGUCUCACUCCAGUUGUUCAGCUGUUCUGACAUGGCUGCUAUCUUUCGUAAGAUGUCCCUGACGUGGUGCUAAUCUGGUAUCUGCCAUUACUGCACACCAUAAUCCCUCAAACCUCAAUCCCAGACCCGGGACGCACCGCACCGCACAGAUUAGAGCUUCUCCCCUGUAGCUCAGCAGCCACGCACCAGGCCGUGUGUGAGCGCGACAUUUCUGCAGCCGCUUCUAAGAUGAGAAUCAAGAUCCAAGGAACGUGGGUUUUAUCACAGAACACAUUAACGUGUGCUAUCGUUUUGUCUCGAUGGAAAAAAACAUGCCAAAUUCAAACACGUACAACACCGUCAGAUUACUCCCAAGCAUGCGUGCACAUAAGUAAAGAUACACGCUACAAAAAUGUACAUCUCAGUGGCAAUUGGGUCUCACGUCCAACAAUGUAAUUGUUAUUGUUAUAUUUGUAUAAUAUACAGGAAAAGGGUCUUAUGCAAAAACCAAAGAUGAUGGCGACAGCUCAGAUCAGUACUGGACAUCAGUGCACGUUCAUGUGAACACAGUCUAGCCACGCUGUGCAUCCUCAUCAGUGACCGCGGAUGUCUUUCCGACGGCGUGUCACUCCUGCUCCAGUAAACGUUGCGGUCUGGGGGCAGGGGACUGCCGUCCUGCCGAACAUCUGAGCGACAGGAGCUAUGCAGCCCGCUGUGCUCGAGCGGGGAAGAUGCACGGGGAGUUUAAGACAGUUCAUGACCGGGUCAUAGCUGGUAGAGCGCUGAGCUGUAGGAUGCUGUGUCCUUCCUCUGAACCAGUGCUCCACUGAACAACAGGCAAUCAGUUUCUCACCAUUAAGAUACCUUUUGUUUGGGUUCUAAAUCUUUGAGAAAGCUUGCUGUCUGUGAUAAGACCAUGUCCUACCUUAUCAUGUCAAAAUCUGACAAGUGAAAACUAUUUAAUUUCUUUCUUUUAAAGGAAAUUUUAUCAUCAUAUAUAUUAGCAUAUAUAAUUACAGCCUUGAAGAUAUUGCAGUGUGGUAAUCUUCAUGAACUGUGUUGUUGUGGUCUGUUAGGUUCUUUUUGAUGCUGUAUAGCCUUUCUAACGUAAACAUCACCCUCCCUGAUCUGGCCCUGUUUAGUCACAGAAGAAGAAGUUGAGCCCACGGGAAGAUCUUUUGCGUUUAGUCCUACAGUCCAGCGAGACUGUAGUUUAGUCUACCUAAUUCCAGCAAGGCAAGUGGCACAGGCGCAUUCCCAACAUGCACUGCAAGCACGCCGUCACACAUCAUUAUGAGUAAAUGUUGUGCAGUCAGGCUUUAAUGUACUGAUAUGAAAUCACCUGAGUGUUGUCCCGCAAAACGAACAACCUGCCUCCUGUGUCCAGUGCCAUGUCCUGGUCUUGUCCUGUGACGGCCAAGGUGCUGUUUGGAAAGUUACUGGUUACAGCUUUAAGACCCUGUGGGCUAAUUUACACUGUUUCUGUAUGUACAGCAGAAUUGGUCUAAAUCUUCUUUUAACGGUAGGUUCCCUGGCUCAUGACAGUGUCACUCACCCUUUCUGGCAUUUCAUUGGUCAGCUUUGGCAUGUUCUCAAACUUUGUAAUCCACUUUGUUUUUUGAAUUUUGAUGAGUUUCCAUGGUCAGUCUAUGGUGCUUUGAAUGGUGCUAUUUCUGUCUUUUAAGCUCAAGAUUCGUACAUUUAUUUUAGUCACAACACAUUUGUGGUAAGAAUGAGAAGGAAAACUGCAUUCUAAGUUAUCUAUUGAAUUUUCGUGGGGGAAAACUUCAUAGCCAAAUCAAGUUUGGGUAGAUUCAAAACAACGUUAUUUUUGUUGUGAUUUUUUUAAACUUUUUUUUUUCAUACGUAACGUUACACUUGAAGUGUGGUGAUUUAUAAUGAUAGACACAGCCAAACCAGUGUAUGUCUAACAAAACCUUUGGUUGUUGUCAUUGUUUUCAACUGCUUUUGAAAUAACAUUGUGUACUGUAAUAAACCUACAUGUCUCUGAAUUUUAUUUAGAUCAUCUAAAAUGAAAAUAAUACAGUGAAUAAAAACACGAUGCAUCGUGAACAUAAGAAAUACA